CUGGACUGUGGAAGGAGAGCAGACGUGCCAUGGAGCAGAGCCUGGUUGUCCCUGUGUUGAUUGCAGUGUCUGUAGUCACUGUCACGUUGCUCUACUUCCUGCUUAAAGCAUGGGGUUUGGCUGAUGCAGGAAGACAAAAGAAAGGGCCUAUAACCCUCCUGGAUCCCAACACCAAAUAUGCACUGCCACUGACAGAGAAGGAGGAGAUCAAUCAUGAUACCAAGAGGUUCCGCUUUGGUCUUCCAUCUUCUGCACACAUUCUCGGCCUUCCAACGGGGCAGCAUGUCUACUUGUCAGCAAAAGUCAGUGGGAGUCUGGUUGUCCGUGCCUACACUCCUGUCUCCUGUGAUGAGCACCAGGGCUUUGUGGAUCUCAUUGUAAAAGUGUACUACAAGAACACGCAUCCAAACUACCCCGAGGGAGGCAAGAUGUCACAGUACCUGGACAGCCUGAAAAUUGGUGACACAAUCGACUUCAGAGGACCUAACGGACUGCUGGUGUAUAGAGGAAAUGGUAAAUUUGCCAUCCGACCUGACAAAAAGUCAGAUCCCAAGAUCACCACUUUCAAACAUGUAGGAAUGAUUGCUGGAGGAACAGGCAUCACCCCAAUGUUGCAGCUCAUUCGAAGCAUUACAAAAGAUCCUGCAGACAACACAAAGUGCUACCUUAUUUUUGCAAACCAGACCAAAAAGGACAUUUUGUUGAGGAAGGAGCUGGAAGAGGUGCAGAAAAGUCACCCAGAUAAGUUCAAGCUGUGGUACACUCUAGACAAAGCACCCGCGGAGUGGAAAUACAGCACGGGUUUUGUCGAUGCUGGAAUGAUUAAAGACCACCUGCCCCCUCCAGCAAAUGAUGUUCUCAUUGUCAUGUGUGGACCACCUCCUAUGAUCCAAUAUGCAUGUCAGCCUAAUCUCUCCAAGCUGGGCUACAAAACAGAGAACACCUUCGCGUACUAACUCUAAGGACACCAUCCAUCCAGAAUGGAAAUGUGAGAAAAUAAAGGGACUGGCAAUUCCAUGUCUGGAAGCCUGAACUCCUGAGCUAAUGCAUGAACAGCUUUUCAGCCAUCUCUUUCAACCCACAUAAUGAAUGCAAUGAAACAAUUAAGAAAUGAGUUCAAAUAAGAAAAAAGCAAAUCCUGCAACCUUCAAAGACUGAAAUUGACAACAUCUAGUAGAGGAAAUGCAAACAUUCCAGUACCAUUAUUACAACACAGUUACCUAGCAUGUGCCCUUAUCCAGGUCAGCUUAUUAUUGUGCACAUUUCCCAUAGUAAUACGCAAUUAAUACAGAGCUAAUUGUUUCUAUUAAGGACACAUCAACCAUGAUCCAUUGUUUGUGAGAAUUACCUUUAUAUAUGACUUGCCACUGUAAAGCACUCGCAUUUCACAUAACUCCCAUGCUUUCAACAUCAAUUCAAAACUGCCCACAGCUCAUGAAUAAGGGAAAACG